GCCAACCCGGUCCUCUUCUAUCCGGUCUUUAGUUUACUUUCGUUCUUCCACUCUCGAGCGUGGUAACAUUCGUGCCAAUGCGAGCCAACGUCUCUCAAAGCGUACAUUCAGUAAUCUAACAGAACUGAAACAAUGAUUACCGCGUUUUUUAUACUGGUUAUCUUGCACUUUCAGACCGGUUAUUGUCAGUUGAAUCUCAUCAAAUGUUGUCGAGAUAAUUUUAUAACCGAACACCAUAAGAAUGGUUCAGUGGGUUGUGUGAGGAGUAACCAGUCGCGCUUUCAAGUUUGGAGCUACCGCGAUAACUUUUUAGAGGAAAAUUUAGAGGGUAUUUGCAUCGAUUUCGAUGGCGAACAGUUUCUAAAGUACCAACUUACUAACCAAAGUGACGUGGUUGUUAAGUCUAUAGUUUCUGAUGCUGUUUUUCCAAAAUGCUGUCCCUUAGGACAUUUGUAUAAUCCGGAAUCUCACUCCUGUUUACCAAAUUCGACUGACAGCAGUACUUACCUAUUUAGCCAGUAUAUUAAAGUGGGGCUUCCCCAUUGCCAAAUAAUUUUGGACAAGACAUUUGAAAAUGCUUCAGAGGCGCGUCUUUGGUCGCAGACCUUGUUGCCAGGAGAUUAUUGCAUCGAUAAGAGUGUUGGUGGUGAAUUUACUGUUAGAGAGUGCCAAGAGGGUAUGGAAAUUUGUGAUCAAAGGAGGUGUUUUAGGAAGUGUUGCCCAGACGGUCAGAGUUUCGUAAAUGGUGCCACUUGUAUGGACAGUUAUGUUCACGGAUUGCAGAUUGGCUCCCAAAGUUUCUCUCCGUACAUUGAAGACUUAGAUGACAAUUACGAGCUAAUCUACGCUGCCAAGAAGUGUCCCAAAGUUGGUAUAUAUAGAACAAACCCCAUACAGUACAGUGUAAAAAAGAACGGACAGUUUAAGUACUAUAGUAACUACACCAAAGAUUUUAUUCACGAAGACGUAGCAGAUGCAGCAUACUGCCUUGAACACGCGUCCAGAGGAAGUUUCAAUGGCUUUUAUUUGUUCUUUUGCAUUCCACAGGGUAAUCUUGAGGCCAAGUUCUCGUUUACCUUAUGGUCCAAAGUCGUUUCCAGUGUCCUAUUAUUUUUCACUAUUAUCAUUUAUAUCUAUGUCGGAGAGACCAAAAGUACUUUUGGGAAAAUUUUGAUGAACUACUGUGUUACCAUGAUCGGGUUGUUUCUGGCAUUGAUUUCAGCGUUGGAUGUUACACCUGACGCUUGGUUGAAUUGUAAAUUUAGAGGAUACGCUAUUUUGUUCUUCAGUAUAUCAUCAUUUGCCUGGGUGAAUAUCAUGUCCGUAGAUAUUUGGUGGACUUUUGGGCAACCAAAACGGACAAUCGGCAGCGACCAAAGGAAAAAGGACCUAAAGAAGUUCUUGAUAUACAUUUGCUUUGGGUGGUGUUUACCAUUGAUCUAUAUCCUUGCAAUAUACGUUUUGGAAAUCAGCGAGAUCCUUCCAGAGAGUAUUCAUCCUUACGUUGGAAAAUAUAAAUGUUUCUUAGAGCAAAGGAAUGAUAACUAUGCCAUAUUAAUCUUCCUUCGUAUUCCCUCGGUGAUAUUCGAGAUUGUUAACAUCGUCCUGUUUAUAAAAACAAUAACGUACUGUAUACGAGUGAAGAAUGAAAUUAGGCGAUUGAAUGACACCAACAGAAGUAAAGAAUACGGAAGGUUUCAUGCCGACAAGGAAAAGUUGAUACUUAUUAUCAAAUUAGCGGUGACUAUGGGAUUGGUAUGGAUUUUUGAAGUGAUGACGCAAUACUUAGAUUUGAAAAGCAAAGGAACGUUUCUUAAAUACUUGGAGGUCGUUCUCGAUAACUUAAUCUGCUUACAAGGUUUAUUUAUAUUCAUAAUCUUUAUCUGUAAGAAAAAAAUAUUCCAAAAACUGUCAACCAAACUGGGAGUAAGCAAACGAAGAAUCUCAAGUUCCCUUUCAUCGACAACCCAAUGCAGCCUUGGAAGUACUAAUAAUGUCAAUAACGUCAAUGGCCAUUAUCCGAUGACGAAAAGGCAAACCACUCUAAGUAUGAACGACAGCAAAAUUUAAAUUGUAUUAUAUGGGUUAGACAUAAUAUUAGAAGAGUAAGAAUAAUGUCUAUGAUUUAAGCCAAAGAAUUAUUAAUUAAGUUUGUUAUGUAUAAUCGUAUAUAACUAUACAGUGAUCAGCUGAAAUGUGAAACGAAAUCAUUUGAAAAUUAGAGUAACGUCUUUUAUAAUUUUUUAAUUCAUAUUUUUGCUGUAAGAAAAUAUAUAUAGAGGAUUUGUCAAAAAACAAAUUUUGACAUUAAUCUUAUUUUCUCUUAAUUGGGACAGUAUUUUUUUAAAUCCUAUUAGAUGCUGCAAAAGAAAAUAAUUUAUUUGCUGUUGAAAUUGUAAACCAUCAACUUUCGUAAACUUCUAAAUCAUUAGCAAUAGUAUUUUUGCUAAAUCGCAUUAUUUCGUAUCUAAUUCUAUAUUCUGAUUUUAUAUAAUUCCACAAAAAAAUCCAACAAAGUAAGAUCCGGAGAUCUUGCCGGCCAUUCUAUGGGUUCCCUCUCAUACCAAUCGCAAAAAAUACGAUACUAGCGUACUGUACUGUAUAGAAAUGUAAAGAUAACGAAACGAGAAAUUUGAUCUUUUCAGUUCGCUUUGUACGCCAAUACGGCGUUCCAGAAAAUUUAGAUUAAACAUUUUUUAAAGGGGUUUACCGAUUUUGUUAAGUUAAUUAAAAUUUUGAUAGAAUCUUGGGGCUUCGAGUUCUAUGGCGAAAAUAAAAUCGAAAAUGUUCCGAACUUUAGGUAAUUUUAAUUUCGAUUAAGGAUUGUUGGUUCUUUAAUUAAAAAAAAUAAUGUUCUUUGCAAGCUCUCAGAAUCUACGUUUUUUUCCAUAGGCAAUUAAUACUAUUUGAUAGAACAAACCCAAAUAGUGCAUUGAUAUGCACAUUUAACAGAUAUUUGAGGAUAAUAGAAAAUUAUUUAAUUUGAUGGAAUUCCCGUUUAUAAAAUUCCAAAUCUUCGAACUGCACGGAAAAUAUGAGAAAUAUUUUUGGAAAAAAAUGCGAGAAUUCAAAUUUCUGGAAAACUGAAAAAAGUGUGGUAAAUAUCAGUAAAUAUCAAAAGAUAAAAAUAAUGUGGAAUACCGAACAGAACCAUGGAAAAUAUAAAAAAUAAUUUUCAGUUCUUGGAAAACAGAAAAAGUAAUGUAGAUGUCUAAAAGAUAUAUUCAAUUCUAUCAAGUACAAACAAACAAACAGUAAAAUAAGGCAGACAGUUUUGCUGAAAUCAAAUAGGUAUAUUAGGGUAAUUUCUUUCCUGUGAAAUAUCGUCGUAUGUAAAAAUAAUGUCACUAAAGAGGGCUUAUGCUACUUAUUUUUCCCGCAGUUUUGUAAAACCGUACUUUUCGACCGGGAUCAUCUUUGUCUAGCCCAUGCACUAAUUUUAUUGAUGAUAUUUUUUUAUUAUACGCAAGGCUGUUCGUUGGUUCUCAGCAUGCUACCUUAAAGAAAUAUCUUUAGGUGUAAUGAGGAGUAUUAGAUUCGAUCAUUAGAAUUAUUAGUUCCAGUAUUUAACUUGCCCUGUUUUUUACAAUGUCGUAUAACCAUUCAGGAUAUGUUGUACUAAACCAGUUAGAAACUUCUUUUCACCUCCUGUUUUGUCUUUCAUUUAAAUGCUUCAUAUUUCAUCUUCAUUAAGACGUGCAAUUUUCCGAGAAACUUGACUUGUAAUAAAUCUAUCCAUCCAAAUAUCAAUAUAAGUUCAAAUGAAUUGCUUAUAAAAUGUAUCAACUUUGAACUGAUGCCUGUUCCAAUUUAUAUUUUUGUGAUGGUUAUUAAAUAGAUCUCAAAUUAUAGGGUCGGUUUCAGAAUUAUUUAGGAGCUUUCACGCAUCGGCAUUGGUCCACGCCAUAUUUAAUAAUUGUGGGCACUUAAUAGUAUGCAAUUCACAAAUCCCGUGUAAAAUACAGCAAGCAUAGUUAGUGGGCAGCUUUAAAAUGGCAAAGUCAGCUUCUUCUUCCACUGCUAUCCAUUAAUGGAUGUUUGCCAUCUUUCCCUAUCUCUUGGUGGUAUGAAUUUAUUCUCCUGUGGUUCCCAUUCCUGUCCAAUGUUUGAUAUUUCAUCUUCUUUCUACUUAAACCCCUUCUUCCCUUUCAGCAUUCUUCUAUAGAUCCACAUUUCAAAUAAUUCCAGCCUAUUAAUUGUGCUAACCUUAAAUUUACAGCUUUCCAUACUAUACAACAGUACGGACCAUACGUAACAUUUUGUGAAUCUUAUUCUGAGAUUGAGGUUAAAGUGAGAGUCGUUUUUGAAUUUUAUGUCAAUUAAUUGAGAAGAUGUUUUCAGAGUAAAUGUUAAAUAGAAGUUGGGGGAGGAUAUAUUUCUGCCUUACACCUCUAAGGAUUUUCUGUGCCUUUGUGAAAUCUAACUGCAGCUGGUUCCAGUACAAGUUUUCAGUACAGCGUAUCGAUUUCUGAUCUAUGUCAAGUCGAACGAAUUUAUGAUGUUGCACUCUAUCAAAUACUUGUUCGUAAUCUAUGAAACACACCACUACAUCUUUUCUCUGAUCGUAACAGUUCUGAACCAACACUUUUGAAUUGCGACUCGUAUCUGCCUCGUACCAAAACCUCUUUUAAAUCCGAAUUGCGAAGAUCCAACAGAGCUUUCGCAUUUUGUGAAAAUUCUGUAGAAAAUUAUCUUCAGAAACGCUUUCUAAGUGUGACUCAUCAAGCUGAUCAAUCUGUGAUUUUCGCAUCUUGUUGCGUUGUUCUUUUUUGAGAGUGAGAUAAAACGAGAUAUCAGCCGUGUAAUUUAAGCAAUUUCACAGGUCUGAUUCAAUCGUUUCCUUAUCUUUAGAGCUUUUUAUUACUCUUCUAUUGCAAUUGACGGCCCAGACAAGUCAUCUUUUAGAUUAUCUUCUAACUGAGAUAUAUCAUUCGCAAACAGAUUGUUCCGGAUUUUCUUAAUUGUUUGAUAUUGUUCCCAAAUAGCUUUUAUUUGUGCGUUAUCUUAUGUCAUUUGUCCUUUUUCAUUUUACAUGUUAAAGAAAGUCUGUUUUCUAUAUAUACUCGAGAUGCUUCUUUUAUUUUCUUGUGCAGGUUAUACUCAUCGUGUUGUUCCAUUUCUUUACACCACUGUUCCUUCAGCCACAAGGUCAUGGAGGGAUGAUGCAUUUAAUUUUGUUUUCAAAAAUUAUAUUGAUAAUAAUAUAAAACCCGAUACUUAAAUUAUGUUUGUCCGUAUUUCAGCUGCCGAGUAUAUAUUUUUAUUUUAUCUAGUCCAGUAAAUUUACUUACCAUGUACAAAUUUACGACUACAGUCACAAAGAUUAACAUUAUCAGUGCGGAAAAUAAACCUUUACAGCCUGGGAUUUUGAUGAACAAAUUUGGGCACUGACAGAAAUUCGUGCAAUAUUUUAUUGCAUACUGAACGCUUCUUAAUAAAGUAAAGAAGAAUUUGAAAUCUGGUUCAUGUACAUAUCUGAAAAGUUACUACUUUGAUGUACGAUAUGGAGAACCUACUCUUUGUAUCGUCUUUAUGUUGAAUAUGAAAAUAAGACCUGGUGACACUGACGGAUAUCGGUAUCAUAUACAUUCAAACUUGAGUUUAAAAGAUGUGCUCAACCCUCAGGAUUAUUCGGAAUAGGCAGGUCAAAAAUUUCAACAAACAAGUUUUAUUCCAGCAAUUGGUUAGGUUUGGGCAUUUUUUAUUGUCACAAUUCGGUCCUUUGAAAUAAUUUGUUCUCUUAUUAAUUUAGUGCAAAAAGUCGGAUGAAAGUUUAUCUAUAUUUAGGGCGAUACACUUGGUAGUAUAAUUCUCUGAUGGUCAGUUUGCAAGUCAUACCGAGACUUGGAACCUAAAGGCAAAAGUUUGUUCCACAUUGUAUAGAAAACACUAAUAGAAAAGAUAUUUACUCAAUCGACGUUAUAAUGAUAUGCAUUUAUAUGAUCGCGUUAUAUAGGGCCUAUUAUCUUAUCUUUGAUUUUUUUAAAAUUUUUUUUAUAGUCUGUUAAUUCUGUGAGCUAAAGUUUGAGCUUUUAAAACUUAAUGCUCACACUGCCUUUUGAUCCUGAUCUCUCGAUUAGACUCUGGUGGUAUCAAAUACUGUACUCGACUUACCGGUCAAAAAUUAGUACAGGCUAAAUAGAUUUACUGCCCGAAAUAAAAUAAAAUAUUUUUAAUGUUAAUGUGGCCAUUAUAUAUUCUUAUGUGUAGUAGAAAUCAUAAUUAUUGUAAUAAAUAAAUGUAUAUUCUACCUCAUCACAUAAUAUUAGUAAGGAUCUUACCAAAGUCUUUAUGUUUCAACACUCUAUAUAUGGUUGAAAUAUAUAGACUUCGAUCUUACUAUUAUUCUAGAGCAAAUAAAUUUUUUGGUCUUUA